GGUGGGUUUUUAGGCAAAGCCACAUGGUUUUUCGUGAAAUAUUUAGAAAAUAAGCUAUAAAAGUGAUAUUACUGUUUGAGUAUCGAGUCCAAGAUGCGUUCCGUCACAUUGAAGGAUGUUGAACAGGACAAGGUCGUCAAGACCGUCGCUGCCCAUCUGAAGAAGACAGGCAAGGUUAAGGUGCCAGACCACAUGGACCUGGUUAAGACUGGUCGUUUCAAGGAGCUUGCUCCCUACGACCCUGACUGGUUCUAUGUGCGAUGCGCUGCCAUCCUCCGUCACAUCUACAUCCGCUCUCCCGUAGGAGUAAAGACUGUCACCAAGAUCUUUGGUGGCCGCAAACGUAAUGGUGUCACUCCCUCACAUUUCUGCAGGUCAUCAGGCAGCAUCGCCCGCAAAGCCCUGCAAGCUCUCGAGGCCUUAAAAAUGGUUGAGAAGGUUCAAGAUGGUGGUCGCAUCCUCACUGUUCAGGGCAGACGUGAUCUUGACAGAAUCGCCGCACAGGUCCGCCUAAAGGCUAAGCAGGCCGCCAAGCAGGCAGUCAUCGUUCUUUUCUUUGAAAUAUCGGUUUUGACUGGAUGUGUUUGGAUAUGCAGUGAUCACAAAAUGUUGUUGGCAUUUGGACGUAGUAUCGGCUUAAUAUUUUUCGUGUGUUUGUUAUCGUGCGUGGUUUCUCUGCAACAGUAUGGGACGCCGGAUAAUACAUUGUACGUGGCCAAAGGUUUGGAAGAGAGCCGUGGAAAAUCGCAAAUUAUCAAUAGAUACGUAGAGAAUGAAGACAGCGAGCGUUUGGAAAGGAGAAAACGCGAAGCGGCAACGUUAACAACUCCCGCUAUACAGAAAAACAUAAGUACAUGGACAACUCAUCUCAAUGAUAGUCACCAACAGCUGAUGGUACACUGGGUGGGUGAAGGCUCCAAUGUUAUCAUCUGUUUGGCAAGAGACUCCAGUCCCAGGAACAAAGGAGGAUUGUCACCAUCUGCUCUCUUUAUCUCCUAUGACUAUGGAAAGAACUUUACCAACAAAACAGAGAAUUUCAGACUCAGUGAUGCUCCUAACAGUGGCUAUGCUCAACUUGACAAGUUCUUCAAUCAUCCUAAAUACCCGGAAUUUUGCGUAUUCGUGGAUUCAACAAACAAGAAGUUGUUUUACACUAGCGACCAUGGCCGGACCAUUCACCGAACAGACCUCGUCUUCCACCCCAGCGAGCUUGCUUUUGAUGAGGAGUUUCCCGACAAGUACGUCAUCCUCGACAAAGUGGACAGCAACAGAAAAAUGUACCUGACAUUGGAUGGUGGAAAAACAUUCAAAAUGAUCCAGAGCUACGUAAAGACGUUCUUCUGGUCUUCGGGCCCCGGUUUCUCGAAAGUCUUCUACAUGGAACGCUGGAAGCCAGAUGGAACAAGUACUGUUUUCAGUGCCAGUGACCCAACUGACCUGGUCAACGCUGAAAUACUCUUCGAAGAUGCCAAGGAUUUCCAAAUAAAAGGAGAUUACAUGUUCGCUACAAGGCAGGCUAAAGAGUCCAAAGACAGAAACACACUGCACUUAUAUAUUUCUCACCAAAGAGGCCCAUUCUACAAGGCAGAGUUUCAAACAGAAUUGGAUCUAAAGAGAUUCCAUAUCGCAGAUGUAACAGACCAACGUAUAUUUGUCUCUGUCAUGCAUACAAACUCUCUAGCCAACUUGUAUGUGUCGGAGAUAAGCAACAACUUCACUCAGUACAACUUCGUUUUGAGUUUGGAGCAAAUUCUGUGUUAUUUCCCUGAUGCGAACUGGAAGGACAGCUGGCUUGAGGAUGUGACGGAAGACCCGUUCACUGAUCUCUACCGUGUUGAAGGAUUGAAGGGCAUCUAUAUAGCUUCGCGUGUAGACUCGAAGGCUCCCGUCACCAACAUCGGGCCAGAGCAUCUGAUUUCCUUGAUUACUUUCGAUCACGGAGUCACUUGGUCGCCUAUCAAUCCGCCAACUGAAGAUGAGAAUGGUAAACCGUUAACCUGCCAUAUUGAGAACUCAUGCAGUCUGCAUUUAUGUCAAAAGUUCAGUCAGCUGUACCCAGUCACAAGCCCACCAGGAAAUGUGGUUGCGAACGGUUUGAGGUCUGCCAGCAUAAUGAGCUCUAAGUCAGCCCCAGGCAUUAUAAUGGCUACUGGUGUAAUGGGUAAGUCAUUAAAGGGCAUACCGGGAGUCUACAUCAGUAGAGAUGCUGGACUCACAUGGAAGAGGAUCCUAAAGGACUAUUAUUUCUUCAACUAUGGAGACCACGGCGGAGUUCUAGUCGCAGUCAAAUAUUUCAAAUCUCGCGGCGAAACCAGAAAGAUAUUGUACUCCACAAACGAAGGAAUCGAAUGGAACUCUUAUCAGUUCAAUGCCGAUGACCUGCGCAUUUACGGACUAAUGACCGAGCCGGGCGAGAAUACCACAACAUUCACUAUGUUCGGAUCAGCCAACGAGCAACAUCAAUGGAUUAUAAUUACCAUAGAUCUGAAAAACACAUUUACUCGUAACUGUACGGACGAAGACUACAAGUACUGGUCGCCAUCGCCUCCCAAUUCAUCGGUGUCUUGUGUGCUCGGAACUAGGAAUACAUUCCAAAGGCGAUUAGCUCACACGAACUGCUACAACGGUAUUGAUUACGAUAGACCUUUCAAGAAGGAAACGUGUGAGUGCAGUCGUCGCGACUUCGAAUGUGACUUCGGUUUCAUGCUCUCAGGAAACGAAUGUAUUCAUAACAAAUCUGCCAAGUACGAUCCUUAUGCACUCCCGUCCGACUGCCAGCCUGGACACUUCUACAAGCGAACUAAGGGCUACAGGAAAAUUGAUGGAGAUGUCUGCACUAUCUCUGGUUACAUGCCUUAUGUCCCAGAUAUGAUCCCCUGUCCCAUCGGAGAACCUACGGAGUUCAUGUUAGUCGCCUUGGGUAACAAAAUAGCUCGCAUAGAUUUGUUCGAUAACUCUACGAUCUAUCCGGUUAUAAACGAAAGAAACAUAGUAGCUAUUGAAUUCGAUAUUAAGAACAAUUGUAUCUAUUGGGCUGACAUCGAAUUGGACAAAAUCAGUCGCCAGUGCUACAGCAACGGUACUGCCCGGGAGGUUAUUAUCGAUAAAGACUUGGCGAGUAUUGAGGGAAUGGCGUUUGAUUAUAUUUCGAACGUUUUAUUCUUCGUCGAUGGUUUAAGAAAGAAAAUUGAAGCCGUCAGGACAGACAUGUCACACGAGUCCAGAAUGAGAGUUACAAUUCUAGACUCCAAAAUUCUAUCUAGGCCUCGAGGUAUCGCGGUACAUCCCAAAGCCGGCUACUUAUUCUGGACCGACUGGGACAGGGUCAAUCCUUCCGUAUCGAGGUCAAAUCUUGAUGGUACGGAUGUUAAGAAAUUGUUCGGUAAGCCAAUUGUCCAGUGGCCUAAUGGGAUAACGAUCGAUCAAAUGUCUGAGAGAAUUUACUGGGUUGACGCAAUGGAGGACUAUAUCGCUAGUUCGGAUUUGAACGGGGAAUACUUUAAGAGGAUACUGUGGAAUGACGAAAGAGUAACUCAUCCAUUUGCUGUUGCUGUGAUCAAGGAUAAAAUGUAUUGGGAUGAUUGGAAGGUUAAGUCUAUAUUCGUUGCGGACAAAGAUAGCGGAUCGAAUGUGGUGACGAUAAACAACUCUUUUAUUGGUUUGAUGGAUCUGAAAGUGUACGCUCACUUUGUUCAGCACGGCAGUAACGCUUGCUCGUAUAAGAACACAAGUUGUGACCAUAUUUGUCUCGGCGGCCCUGGGAACACGUUCAGCUGUUUGUGCCCUGAUGGACUGACGAUGACCAAUGGAAAAUGUUUGUGUGCCAAUGGUACAGAACCUUUCGCAAACCUGACCUGCCCUGAAACUACAGUAUCUUCUUGCGCACUUGACCAGUUCAUGUGCAAGAACGGCAAGUGCAUCUCGUCAUACUCUCGCUGCGACGGUAACAACGACUGCGGAGACCUCUCCGAUGAGAUCGGCUGUAUGUGCGUACCGCCGAUGAUAAUGUGCGACAACACUCGCUGCUACCUCCCGCAUUGGAAGUGCGACGACGAUAUCGAUUGCGCCGAUAUGAGCGAUGAGAAAGAUUGCGGCCACCGUAACUGCACUGAAAAUAAGUUCCAGUGUGACAACGGCCAUUGUAUCGAGAAGCGAUGGGUGUGUGACGGCGACAACGACUGCAAAGAUGGUUCUGAUGAACGAAACUGUACCUUACAAACGAAACGUCCAGACAUUGUAGACAGCUGUUCGGGCAAUGGCUUCGCUUGUAGUAACGACAGCAGCAUGUGUAUACCUAACUCGUGGGUGUGCGAUGGUGAGAAGGAUUGUGAUAAUGGUGAAGACGAACAGGAGCAGCGCUGUAAGGACUCCACCUGCGCUCCUUACAUGUUCAGGUGUCCGAGUGGGAAAUGUAUAUUUAAGUCUUGGGUCUGCGAUGGCGAGAACGACUGUGGAGAUGAACACUUUUCAGACGAGACUAAUUGUUCGAACGCCAGUCAUUCAAAAUUGCUCCCUCUUCCCGGUACAGAGAAACCAAAUUUCCCUAGCAAUGGUACCUGUUUGGAAUGGAUGUUUAAGUGUGACAAUGGGAACUGUUUGCCGGAUUGGUGGAGAUGUGACGGUAUCAACGAUUGUGGGGAAGGUGACAAGUCUGAUGAGAUCGGCUGCGGCAUGCCCGAAACGAGCCCGAUUGUGCCCGAACAUCGCGCGCCCGUGUCGCGCAAGUGUGGCAAGAAUGACUUUACUUGCGCUGAUGGCCACUGCAUCCCCCUGUACUGGGCGUGUGACGGCGCAGUGGACUGCCUGGACGGGUCGGACGAGCGCUCGUGUCCCGCGCGCGCCGGCAGCUCGCCCCGCUGCGGCCUCAUGGAGACCCCCUGCCGGGACGGGGCCGCCUGCGUCCGGACCGACCAGCUGUGCGACAACAUCGUGCACUGCAAGGACCACAGCGACGAGGACAACUGUCCGGGGACAUCGAGUCACAAGCCUACAGUGGAAUGCCAGCGCGGCUACCUGAUGUGCGACGACGGUACCAACUGCGUGUCGCUCGCAAACGUGUGCAACGGCAGGCAGGACUGCUACGACGGCACUGACGAACUCAACUGUACCAGCGCGGCCAAUGAUAACACGCAUAUGUAUCAGUUCCUUAGCAUCGGCGUGGACCAGUCAUCUAUAAACUCGACAAGCUUCCUGAUAUCGUGCUGGAUGGCGCAGCAAAAGAUGGUGCUGUACAGCUUCCUGCCGUCCAUCGCAAAGGUCAGCGACGGCGUCUGGACCAACAAGACAUGGACUAACGACAGUAUUUAUAGGUUUACUGAUUUGGAGCCCUACACCAAUUACAACGUGACCUUCUACGUUCGGGACAGCAAGUCCAACAAGACAUAUGCCUCUAUGAAAUACGUGAAUACUACUACGGGAGAAGGAGUCCCAUCCCCGCCCGUGCACCUGACGGUCCGGCAGCUGAUCGGGCGCCACAUCAGCCUGCUGUGGGACCGGCCGCAGCAGCCGCGCGGCGUCAUCCGCUACUACACGCUGUACCACGCGCCGCCGCUGCCGCCCAGGCAGAAGGUCAUCGCCGCCGACGGACUCAAGACCAUGUCGGUGGAUGUCGAAGGGUUCUAUAUACCCAAUAAUAAUUAUUCCUUCUGGGUGACGGCUUCAAACGGUGCAUUCACAUCGAACUCGUCAGAAGUACUAAACAUAACAUUCGACCCGGCUAAUGACGUAGACGACCUGGUGAACGCCAGCAUGACGCACCUGAACCAAAGCGCGGUGUACAUCGUGUGGCAUCAGAUCCGCAACGUGGACGGGUACGAGGUACAGGUGAGGCUGCCGCCGGACUACGCGAUCAGAGAGCCGAUACAUGUGAAGACUACUAAUGUUACAUUGACCGACAUUCCACCGGGCAUUCUUACAUUCAUCGACAUUAAGGCCUACAAGAACAAGAUCUUCGGCUACCCGUUCACGAUCCCACUUCGUACUGAAGGCGAGAAAGACGAGACAUUGAACUUCACAGCGAUCCUAUCUAAAGACAAGAAGACAACGGUCCAAGUAGUGUGGUCGCCACCUAUAGGCUCACGUUACAAGAAUAAAGAGUUGGAAUAUGAAGUACAUUACACUAAUAUGAUACGUAGGACUAACCCCGGAGAAAUGUCCAAUGACACUCGUAUCAUCACAAAGAACACUAGCGUGUUGAUCGAGGGCUUGCACGCGUGCGAGAGCUACGUGUUCACAGUGGGCCUGCGUAACGGACCGCUCGCUAACUUCGUAGAGAUCAUCACAAGGGAGAAUGCUAAAGCUCCUGUGAAGAAUUUGCGCGUGGAUUACAACGAGGACAAGGCAGAGAUGAGAAUAAUGUGGGACGCCAACUGCAACGCGUUGAAGAAACCUGCCACAUAUUUGUUGGACAUCACCGAGCUGACUAACGACAAAAAGAGUCACUACGAGCUGUUGCCGUCGAAGGCGUCGAGCUACUCGCACGUCAUCGUCAAUGUACCGGUCGGCGGCAGAUAUAAAAUCUGUGUUAAAGUGAACGUGGAGUCAGCCGCGGAGUCGUGUGUGUCGGCCCGCAGCCUGCAGCUGCAGCCGCCCAGCGGCGUGCUGGCGUGGCUGUCGCCCAACGGACACGUCAUGGUCAGCUGGGACGACACGCCGCAUCACAAAUAUCAAUACGAAAUCAUAGUCUCAGAGAAAAUGUUCCCUGAAGACUUGCUCCACCCUACUGAAGACAUGAAGCUGGUUAAAGCGGAGAUGUCGCCGCGGCUGGUGACGGUGUCUGAUGACGUCACGGGCCCCGUGUACGUGGGCGUGAGGACCGUGACCCCGGACGGGUACUACAGCGACCUCAGCGAGGUACACACCUUGCAGAUGGAGGGUGAGUACAGAAGUAGCUCUGAGCCGGAGCAGCCGGCGGCCCUGCGCGCCAUGUGGUGGGGCUGGGGCCUGGCGCUGGCGGGCGCGGCGGCGCUGGGCGGCGCGCUGCUGCACGUGCUGCUGCGCCACCGCCGCCUCGCGCGCUCCUUCCUCAGGUUCACCGCGCACACGCCGCGCUACGACAGCCGCCGCGGGCAGGCCAUCAUACAGGAGAACGAUGAUGACGACGUGCCUCCAAUCCACGGGUUCUCGGACGACGAGCCGCUUGUGAUCGCGUGAGCCUGCGACCAAAUGUGAUGUAACCGUGAUCUUGUCAUAUAAAUAGUAUUUAUUUUUUCAUAAAAAAAAAAUCGUAAGAUAAAUUUUAGUAUGCUUAUAAAUAAAUUCUUGUAACCGAAGAACAGUAAGUAGUAGAUAUGUGGUACAAUUCCUUUAACCAGUUUUCUAGAUGAAGCUUCGUACCUCAGUUGAACACAUGCUUUUAGUCAAAAGUGAACCUUAUCUUCAUUACUGUAAUGUUGAUUUUGUAUCGACAUCUCAACAUCGUACCAUAAAUAGAUUUGUAUAAAAGGUUCUCGUAAUUUGUAAUAGUAAAUUUGAAAAUUAUUAACCACAUACAAGCUCAACUUAUUUCUAUUAGUAUUACUGUUCUUUGAUCACUAUAGUCAAAAAUAUUAUUAGUAAUGCAUUGUGAACUUAUUACAUAAAAUACAAAAUAAGUAGAAUCACAUCGAUUGAGCGCAUCGAUUUGUCCAAUUUUAAUUAUAUUUUCAUUUGCCCCGAGUAUUAUUAUGUUAUUCAGAAACAAAUAUAUUUUAGUUUUAAUGUUGUUGCGUACAUUUCACUUGUUGACACGACUUAGCCGAAUUAGUGUCAAUGAUCUAGUGUCAGUGAAAUAUUCGCAGCACGACUGACGGGCUGUAAAUGGUAAGACUUGUUAAUUUAUGUUUAUUAUCUUUUUAAAGACAUAAGUGUUAUAAACAGUGUUUGUUUGCCGCUCUCGGGAUAACGAGUCAAAUCUGACAAACAUUUGAAAAGGAAUAAGAAUGUAAAAUGACAUUCCAUCUACGAAAUCGCAAGGUUUGUCGUCAUAACGUGACAGGGUCAAUCGCGAUUAGUUAACCAAUGCAGCUUCUAUAAAACCAAGAGCGGUAAAUUAAUACGUAAGUAUAUCGAAAUCGUUGUAGAUAGACAUGAACAAUUCUCAUUUCAUUAUAAUAAUUCGGCACCAAAGAAUAUAAGUACAACUUUAAAGGAUACUAACAACUACGCUGAACUAAGGGCCUACAACACCUUUUAAAGACUUGUGUUAUUGGAGAGAGAUGGCGUUCUACGCUAUGUAGUGCGCUUUCUCGCUUCCACAAUAGCUACAGUCUGUCUUGAGUUCGUGGUAGGUGCUGUUAUACAUUAUCUAGGAUCUCGACAUUCCCAUUGUGUUUGUGUAGUGUUUUUUUUUACUUUAGUUCCUAUGGACGUUAUAGUGCCGCGUCAUCUUAUUUGACCAGUCUUGUGAAAUUGUUAAGUUAUCGUUAAAUGGCUGGACUCAUAUAUUAUGUAAACUAUGAAAAUAAAUGUAAUAAAUAUAUUAAAAGUCCA